UUGGCAGGGUCGCGUGCAAUCGAUACUUUGACAGCUCUCACAUAUUUUAGUUUUGGUUUUUAAAAUAAAAUGAAAUGCAACGCGAAUGCAGCGUGUUUUAAGUAGCUAAAAUGUGGCAAAGGUGUAGUCCAGUGUCGGCGCGAAUCACAGAUCUGGAAAGUGUGCGUCUAUAACGAAAGCGAAGCCCCGAAAACGAGCGUUGAAAACCGACCCCCAGUCCGCAGUGUGUGUGUACAGAGGGCGAAGCGAAGCGAAGGCGAAGGCUCGACUCAAACCAAUUGCAAUAUCAAAAAGAGGUGGAAGUGGAAGUGGAAAACGAAAAGGAGUGGAGUGGUCAGGGAGCGAGAGACACCGCCAUCGCCAUCGCCGCUUGCAGCAGCACCCCGCCGCAUCCGCAAUCGGGUUACAUACAACAUCCAUAAUAUAGCACACCACACUUUUACUUUUCCGAUCCGAUAUUGUUGGGGAAAAUUUGCCAAAAAAGAAAAAAGAGAAGCGUGUGCGGUUGGCGACAUGAUAAUUUGUUUGAUUUAUACACACUGCAUGUUUAAAUUAUUGUAAAGCCAAGAAUUAUAGUCAAGCCACAAGAGCGUGUAUCUAUAGAGCCCCCUAGAAAGUCGCCCAGACCUCUCAGACAUGAUGAUUCAAGAGCCCGUGCAGGCCGCCAUAUGGCACUGCCUCAACUACUACGACUUCAAGGAUGCUGUUUUCCUAGCGGAGCGCCUGUGCUCAGAAGUUGAGAGCGACGAGACGAUAUUCCUGCUGGCCACCAGCUACUUCCGCUCCAAUCAGGUGCACCAGGCCUACUGGCUGCUCAAGGAGAAGACGCGCCGUUCGCCUCAGUGCCGCUUCCUGCAGGCCAAGUGCGCCUACGAGCUAAAGAAGUAUGCCGAGGCGGAGAGUGCCCUGAUCUCGACCGGAUUCGCGGACGCCAAAAACUGCGAUGAGCUGCAGCGAGACUUCGGGGAUCUGGCCUGCUUCGCCUACCAGCUGAUGGCCCAGAUCUGCGUGCGGACCGAGCGCAAUAAGCUGGCCAUCACUGCUCUGCGGCGGGCCCUCAAGCUGAACCCCUUCAUGUGGCACGCCUUCGCGGAUCUGUGCCUGCUGGGCCAGGACACAGAUGCGGCGGCCAUAUUCCAGAUCCACAGCACAGAUGUGUUCAACACCUGCCAGGGCAGCACCGCCAACGCCAAUGCCAUGGUGCUAUUCGGCGCCGAGCAGCAGAGCCAGCACCAGCAGGAGCGCCAGUCCUUGAUUACCAACCUAAGCAAUAUCUCCAACUACAUUCUGACCACGCCCGUGGAUCAGCAGCAACAGAACCAGCAGCAGGUGCAGCAGGCCAACCAGAAUCAGAACCACAACAGCAACCUGGUGACGCCCAUCAACAACAACAAUAAUAACAACAAUCUCAACAGCUCGAUCAGCAUGCUGCGCGGCGGUCUGGUGCAGAACUCCAGCAUGCUGGCGAUGCUAGAGGACACGCCCAUGAGCUAUCCGCAGGACACGGCCGGCCAGCAUCAGCAGCACCAGCAGCUGUACGACAUGAGCAGCGGCACCCCCUUCCGCAAGCAGUUCAAAUACCUUUCGGCCAUUUCACCGCCAACUCCCAGCUUCGGCAUCAUGCCGCUGACUAGUCCCUGCACCGGCAACGAUGGCUCCUUCAUCGGCAACCACACGCCCGUAAUGAACAGCUACUCGCCAAUGCCACAGAUGCUGGUCGAGGUCAACCAGGAACCCAAGAUGAUGGGCAAGAAGCUGAAGACCCACGUCGGAGGGCUCAUCAACCGCAAGGAGGGCAGUCUCAACAAACCCGCCGUCUUCACCCAAGCCGGAAACAUAACGCCCCGCACUCCUAACAACAAUAAUGUGGGCAACAAUGGCAACCUGAAUGUGCCGCCCAACCCGAAUGCUGCAGUGCGUCGCAGCUCACGUCUGUUUAGCAACUCCUAUUCGGUGAAGGAGAACAAUAAAUCGCCCAAUAUAGCCAACAAGUUCGUGCAGCCUCGCUCACCGCCGCGGAAAACCAAGUCACGGAUGACCAAGAUCUGCCUAAAUAACGAACUGAUCGAGGAGAAGUCCCACCACCUGUCGGAGAAGCGAAAGGAGAAGGUGGAGACCAUCACUUCCUCGGGGGCCAAUAACAACAGCGGCGGUCGCAGUGCCGCCGAGGAGGCGAAGGUUCUGUUGAACAACAGCUUGAAUAACGCCCAGACGAUGGCCCACCAGCUGAUGGGACUGAAGAAACAGUCGGCCGAUGGACUGAUGGCCCUGCUGCGGGAUUUAGCCGAAGCCUAUCAGCUGCUGUCUAACUUUCAGUGCAAGGCGGCCGUAAAACAGCUGGAGACGACGAUACCAAAGCACCAACUGAACUCCAGCUGGGUGCAGUCGCUGAUCGGACUAGCCAGGUACGAGAUGCGCGACUACGAAGCCGCGGUGGCGAUCUUCGAGAGCAUCCACAAGGCGGAGCCCUGUCGCCUGGACUACAUGGAGAUCUACUCCUCCUCCCUGUGGCACCUGCAGCGGGAGGUAGAGCUCUCUGCUUUAGCCCAGGAUCUGAUUAACCAGGACAAGACCAGCCCGGUGACCUGGUGUGUGUCCGGGAACUGCUUCUCCCUGCAAAAGGAGCACGAGACAGCCAUUAAGUUCUUCAAACGGGCUGUCCAGGUGGAUCCCGACUUUGUCUACAGCUACACACUGCUGGGCCACGAGCUCGUGCUCACCGAGGAGUUUGACAAGGCAAUGGACUACUUCCGGGCCGCGGUGGUCAGAGAUCCGCGGCAUUACAACGCCUGGUUCGGCAUCGGCACCAUCUACUCGAAGCAGGAGAAGUACGAACUGGCCGAAAUCCACUACGUGAAGGCUUUGAAAAUCAAUCCGCAAAAUUCGGUUAUCCUGGUGCAUAUCGGCGCAAUGCAGUUCUACAUGAAAAAGAAGGAUCUUUCGCUGCAGACGCUGAAUACAGCCGCCACGCUGGACCCCAAGAAUCCGCUGACCCGUUUCCAUCGCGGCUCCAUCUACUUCUCCCUGGGCAAGUACCAGGAGGCGCUGCGCGAGCUGGAGGAGCUUAAGGAGGUGGUGCCAAAGGAGUCGGUGGUGUUCUAUCUUAUCGGCAAGAUCCACAAGACGCUCGGCAACAUGGAUCUGGCGCUGAUGCACUUCAGCUGGGCCACCGACCUGGAUCCCAAGGGUGCCAACAAUCAAAUCAAAGAUGCCUUCGACUCCAUGGCCCAUCCCAGCUGCUGUCCGGCCAACACUACCGCCCUCGACGUUGAUCUGGAGCCCGCCUCGGAACGUUCCGAUGACUCCACGCAAGCGCAGCAGGACGGCAGCUACGACAGCGACUACUAGGGAGCUGCCACUCCAAAUUCACGCGGUUGUAUAUACGUUAAACAAAAACACAGUAAACACAGCAAAGAAAUGCAUAGAAACAGAUACAAAAACCAGAUCGAUUGCUGCUGUAUUGUCGUCGAGGAAAGCAAACCAAUUAUGAAGUAUAAUAAAGUCUAGAUAACGUUUAGCAUUAGUAAUUUAAAAUAUACAACAAAGUAAAUGGUUUAAACAAAAUUGUGCACUCUGAAAGUCUAAGGCAAAAUAACAAAACAAAACAAAAAACAAAUUAAAUACCACUUAAAAAUAUA